AUGUCUCAUAAGUCAGUUAGUGGUCGUUUCAAUGUUAUGUCAUUCGGCUUGGUUGUUGGCUUUAUGAUAGGAUUAUAUUUGGUCAAAGACUACCAAUUGGUAAAGUACUCUCCUCCUAAUCCAGAAAAUUUUGAUGAAAAUGGAAAUUGGAAAGAAAAAUCAUUUAUCAAGGUUCGUUUUAAUGAAGGUGUUGCACCUUUGGAAAAGAAACCAGAAUCCAAACCGACUGAGGGAAAAGAGGAAUGA